CGCAACAGACCACGGUACAAUGGCGACGCUCUCGCUCAACCAGAAGAACGAUGCGAAGGCUAGUGUAGAGUUCCUCUGGUUCGGGAUGAGGAGGCUCUGUAGAUACGGCCACUGUUGUCGCAAUCUCACUCGGGAGCGCAAGCUAUCUCCGCCUGCUGUGCCGCUCGGUGUUGUACCGACAAUUGGGAAUCCUGGGUCUCCGCAGCGGAUGUCGCGGGGGCUGUCCGCGCCUUGUUGGAGUUUCGACGAAUUCCUAUUUCCCCUGCGGCGCCCGCCUGCCGCGGCCGGGGGUGCUGUGCGGUUGUUUUGCACGGAUGUUGUCUCGUCGGGGCGACCCGAAGACGUUUGUGGCGUCGAGGAUGAUGGUUUAGAUAGCGAUGCCGAUAAGGUGUAUAAAACCGUUAUGGAUCACUCUUGUGCUUAUCAUGACAUGGAAAAAGCCUUGGAUCAGACUGGCAUUGGCUUGACCACCGCUUUAGUUGUUGGUGUCCUUCAGAGGCUUCAUUACGAGGAGAAGAUAGCAUUCCGGUUCUUCACGUGGGCGGGGCACCAGGAAGAUUACGAGCACGAGCCUCAGGCUUAUAACGUUAUGAUUGACAUAUUGUCCUGUACAAAGUACAAGGCAAAGCAGUUUCGAAUUGUCUGCGACCUGUUGGAUUACAUGAAGAGGAAUGAGAAGAAGAGAGUUCCUAUGGAAGUUCUUCUGAGGAUAUUGAGACAGUACACAGAGAAGUAUUUGACCCAUCUUCAGAAAUUUGCUAAGAAGAAGAGGAUUAGGGUGAAGACUCAGCCGGAGAUAAACGCCUUUAACUUGCUAUUGGAUUCCUUGUGCAAGUGCAGUUUGGUUAAGGAUGCUGAAGAACUGUUCGGGAGAGUGAAAAAUACGGUUAAACCCGAUUCUAAUACGUACAGCAUAUUGUUCUUUGGGUGGUGUAGAGUAAGAAAUCCGAAUAGAGGAAUGAAGGUUCUGGAAGAGAUGAUCCAAAUGGGUCUGACGCCUGAUAAUUUCACCUAUAAUACUGCGAUUGAUGCUUUUUGUAAAGCAGGGAUGGUAAGCGAGGCAGCUGAGCUGUUUGAGUUUAUGCGAAUGAAAGGCUCCACCAUGUCUUCUCCCACUGCAAAGACCUACGCUAUAAUGAUUGCGGCUUUGGUUCAGAAUGAUCAAUUGGACGAGUGCUUUAAACUCCUGGGACAUAUGAUAAACAGCGGUUGCCUUCCUGAUGUUUCAACCUACAAGGAGUUUAUUGAAGGGAUGUGUAUGGCUGGGAAGGUCGAGGAAGCUUAUAAGUUCCUGGAAGAGAUGGGAAACAAAGGUUAUCCCCCUGACAUUGUCACCUAUAACUGCUUCUUAAGGGUUCUUUGUGACAACAAAAAGGUGGAUGAAGCAAUUAGGCUUUAUAGGAAAAUGAUUGAGAUCCAGUGCAUGCCCAGCGUGCAAACCUACAAUAUGUUGAUCUCAAUGUUCUUUCGGAUGGGUGAUCCUGAAGGGGCAUACGAGACAUGGCAUGAGAUGGAUGAGAGGGGCUGUGCACGGGAUGCAGAUACAUACUGUGUGAUGAUUGAAGGGCUUUUUGACUGCAAUAUGGUGGAAGAUGCGCGUUUUCUUCUGGAUGCAGUCAUAAAUGAAGGUUUGAAAUUACCAUAUCGAAAGUUUGACUCUUUUCUGAUGAACUUAUCGGUAACUGGGGAUCUCCAAACCAUUCAUAGACUUUCAGAGCAUAUGAGGCAGUUUUACAAUCCUGCUAUGGCCAGACGAUUUGCACUAAACGAAAAGAGGAAUAGUGUGAGGUUGAGAGGAAAGUGAGAAAAUAUGGACGCAGUCACCAGCCAACUCCUGUAUUAUCAGACCUGACUUAUUGUCUAGUCAUUCCCUAUCAUCUGCAUGCUAAUUGAGGAUGUUAUCCCACAAAAGUACAAGAACGUUCCAAGAGUUUCUCAUUAUGAUGUGGAUAACUAUGUGUAUAGCUGCCUAUGAUGACCUUGACCUUGAGACUUUCCUGUACUUCUUUCUCAUACAUCAAGCCAAAUUUUUUAUCUUCUAAAACUGCUAGGGUCUAUAGAAAUGCUUCAAAUUGGUGGUGAUAUUUGUCACGGCUAAUGGCGUUCUUUGCUAGAAUAGUUUAUUUGAUCAAAAUGUAAGACAAAGAUGUGGACAAUGAUGGCCUCAACUAGCCUAAAGUGCCCUACUCAAAUCUGGUGUUUGUGCUGUCGAUAAAAGAAAGAAAGGGAUGAAUAUGCAUCAUCUUUCACCAUUUGCUGUUUUGGGUUCAAAAUCUCUGCUGUGGUUUGAAAUUUAGCCAGUGCUGUCAACAAGGAAGGAGGAUCCAUUCAACAGUCCUUGGCUCUAUUGCAUCAGCCUUGAUCUGAACUCCUGAGAAUUUGUCUUCAGCAAUGGACUUGCCUAUAAAUGUAUCUUUCAUCGCUUUUGUAUAAAGAAAUUCUUUUUAAGAGGACAGAUUUCAAGAAAAGGGAAAUAGGUUUAGACGUCAGAAGAUGUUCUCUUACCAGUAAGAUCUGCUAUCCUUCAAGUGCUGUUUCUGCCUAACAACAAACCAAGGAGAGCUUUGUGGCCAAAAUCAGGAAGUCACUUUCAACACCAAUGGAGAAACAACCAACAAAUCCAAAAUUGAAGGUUUGAAGGUCAGGAGAGAGACAGAGAGGAAAUGGAUGCUUUCAAGUUACCAACAAAUCCAAAAUUUAGGGUUUGAAGCUCAAGAGAGAGAGACAGAGAGGAAAUGGCUGUUUUCAAGUUUUGUUGACGUGAAUUCCUGGAAUUCUCACUCUUUUACAGUGCCGAAAUUGAUAUGCUCGAAUUCCUCUUCCAUGUUCCACUUACUUGAAGACAGAUCACGUAUUGGAACAUUUAAUCGAUUUGCUUUUGUUCUCCUUAAACGUGAUUGAAAAUGUGGGUUCAUGUUUCUAUCUGCCAAUACAAGUGUGAGAAACUUAUGAUGUUAUUCUUAUAGACAAUCUUUUAACAACUGAGAUGUUGCCAUUUGAAGUGUGGAUAGAGAGACUGGCAGAUGACUCUGAUUGGUAGAAUUAUGUAAUGGGACUAUCUCUGUAGUUCAAUUUCCUAUUUAGAGAUAUCA